AGAUUGAAAAGAACUCAUGGAGUUUGCAAUAUGGGGGCGGCCGUAGCCCAGUGAAUAGGGUAGCGGAUUCACGACCGAAAGGUUGUUGGAGGUUCGCGCCCAGCUUCUAGCGGCAUUCACCAAUGGGUUUUCAUAUGAAAACUUAAGACCAGUUACUGGCACAUGUCCCCCCCAUUGGGGAUACAGCCAUAAGGAAAGGAAGGAAGGAGUUUGCAAUAUGCUUCACGGGCCAGUUGACGGCGACUCAUUAUGGAGUGCUGUCGGGAAUUGUUUUUGCGUUAUGAAAUUUUAAAUUUAUUGUGAAUCGAGUAUCAUGCUUAUCUCAUUGAUAAAACGCUUAUCUGCGACAGUUAUAAUUUGAAAUUUCAGUGCUUCGGCAUAGAUUUAAUCUCAUUCCUGUUUAUCAUUGGAAUUGUAACAAGGUGUCAAUGAUGGUCAGACUCACCGAGGAGAUGGUCAUCGCGCGUACGCGGAUGUCCGACUUUUCUGCUGUGAAGAAAUUAAACUGCUGGGGUACAGAACUUACUGAUGUCAGUAUCCUACGCAAGAUGAAGAAUGUCGAAGUGUUAUCCUUAAGUGUGAACAAUAUCAAUAGUCUAGCAGAUUUUCAGUACUGCUUAAAUCUUCAGGAUCUUUUUGUACGCAAGAACAACAUCAAGGACCUUAAUGAGGUUUGUUACCUCCAGAGUUUACCCAAACUAAGAAAUUUAUGGCUUGGCGAAAAUCCCUGCGCUGAACGUGAAGGGUACAGAUUGGCAGUCCUCAAAGCUUUGCCAAAUCUUGAAAAACUUGAUGAUAAGGUCGUCUCCGCAGAUGAGGUUCAAACUGCAUUGACUAGAGGGCGAGUCCUGGUGCAUCCAUUGGAUAUGGAUGCAUCUUCUCCACAAUCAGAUCCAGUCAGUCCAGAGGAAAUCCCUGUCCCUGAGUACAUUGAAGAACCAGAACCGGAAGAACACAGAAGAUACAGUUCGUCCAGUGACCAGAGAAGCUAUGAGGAAGUUCCGCAAGUUCAGGAUGAAUACCAUGACACUGAUAGAAAAAAUGCUAAUUACAAUGCUUCACCGUCUCAUCAAUUUUCACAAAACAACCAAUACAGCUACGAGCAACAGAACGGCCUGGCUAAGAAUCAGAACAAAGAGGAUACAAUGAAUACUGACUCACGUAACAACAGCGAGACCCUGACUACUAAUUCCCACGAGUCAGCCAAGGAUUACGAUGACCGACACCCGGCUACCAGACAUAAUGGAGACUACGAGGAUCGCAGAGCGUAUUCAGAGUACAGUGGGAAUGAUCAGAGUCAGCGGUCCUAUGUAACCGCUUCACCACGUACUCAGUAUCCUCAUGAGUAUCCGGAAGAUCGUCGAAUAGACAGGAACAGUUACGAGUAUGAUGACAGGCGACAGCUGGAAUAUGACGAGCCACCUCAGCCUCCUCCACAGUCUAGACGAGCUUCGGCAUACCAAAAUGUCGACAGGGAGGAUCCAGCACCAGGAUGGGUAAGACACUCGGAAAAGGACAAAUGUCGGUUUCAUUACCAUAGAAGACCAGUAACCAGGAAUUCGAACAUCCUCUCUGCCGUCCUGUGUCUUGUCAAGGAACUUGAUUAUCCAAGUUUGGAAGUGGUAGAGAUGGCGGUGCGUAACCGUAUGGACGAAUUGGAAGAAUGAUAUUCCGGACACCGCCCCCAGCCAUCGCAGGGGGUGGUAUUCUCACGGAUUCCAGACAGCUCCUCGGUACCCAGUCCGGAGUUUUCUGAUUCUUUGGACUCAGCAAUGACAUACAAUCACAGACAGGUGGAUGGCGAUACGAGCAAUCUAAACGAACGUCGUCUAAAUGAGACAGACAGCCCAGAAUCAAGAAGAACAUCCUCCAGGAACAGUGGAUACCUAGAAGGUCGACCUAUCAGGAACGUCUCCAUAGAUCCAAGUCCGAAAUACUUUGGCAAUAACGGUGCAAUCUACACACUCCGAGAUGUGACGGAUAAUUCCAACCAGGAAGCAGCGGGUAACGAAGUGAGACGUGUGGCCAGUAGUGAUAGCAUCCCUUGUGGAGGAGGUAACCGUACCGCCAUUCUCAAUAGAGGACGUCGUGUUCUUAGUCAAGAUUGCGUGCGGCGUUCCAAGAGUCCCGAUGUUAGAAGCUCUUCAGUUCCCCUAAGAUACAUACAGUCAGCAAAAGGCACCUGGACUUACAAUUUGUGAAGUGCACCUUCUUGAGGUAUUCCGAGUGAACUAUCAGUUUUCAUACUUCAUUUCAUUUCAAAUUUGAAAACAUAUCCAGUGGUGUCUGUACGUUGCAAAACUUUAAGACUCUUUCCUGACACUUGAACCCCCCCAACGGGGACUCAAAGCCACCCAAGGAUAAAUAAGAAGAUAACUGAGACCUAUUUCAGAACGGUUGAGUGUAUCAAAAAUUUAAGUGCAAUAUACAAAAUAUAUGGACCGAUAUAAAACUAUAUGCAUUAUAGGAAAGCACGCGUGUGCCCGAGGAUGUUCAUAAGGAUACUGAUAUCGCGAUGUUCCGUCUAUUUAGGAACAUCUUGUACCUGUGCGUGAGUGUUACAUAAAUUCAUAAGCGAGAUAUAUAUAUAUAUAUAUAUAUAUAUAUGUAUAAGUAUAUUAACAUCAUAUACAAAAAGAUAUUGGUAGUUAUCUAACUGAUUAUUAACUAUAUAGAACGUUUCGCGGAUCGAACGUCAAGAUUUUUUGGGUCCCAUCCCUUAUAGGUUGUAUGUAUGUACACAUGAUGAUUGAAUGAGGGCAAUGUAGCAGACCGGAAACACGUGAAGAUAUUUUUUAAAUAAGAUGUUUCCGGCAGUCGCCUUGUUAUUGAUUAAUUAUUGAGAUACGGUGAAAGAAUUAGAAAAAUUUAAACAGGAACCAAGCAGUGAGUAACUAGUAAUGAAAGUUAUUUUUGAAUCAAUCAUAGCCGAUCCAAGAACGGAAAGUUACUAAAGCCAAAUACUUAUGAAAUAAUUAGUUAAGUUGUGUUUUUAUGAGAUGAAACAGAUGCAAUAUCUUUUGUUAUAUGUAACCGUCCAAUAGUACUGUUAGUAUCUAUUACGUAAUUGUUAAUAUUAUUGAUGCAAUAAUUAUAUUAUUAGAGUGCCGGCGCAUUGUUCUUCCUUUGUUUAUUAACUCGCCGAAUUUUAUUAAAAAUCUAAUGUCUCCGUUUAAAGUAUUAAAAACGUGAAUAUCUACCACAUUCCUUACUUGGUUCGCAUUCGUUCUAGUCCAGAUUUUCUGUAUUCUUGGACUAGGACGUCCAGCGUCUCUAUUGAUAAACUAUACUGUACUUAAAUUAAAAGACACAUCGCGAGGGAGAAAUUAAUGGAAAAUCAAAUAACUAUGUGACGUUCUUAAAGCUUUCAAAAAUAAAAAGUUAAGAAUA